UCUAGAUUAGGACAAGCUUAUCUUUUUCUUACAUGACAUCACAGUCAAGAGCUUUAUUUGAACCUUCCAAGAAAGGAAAGGGGUUCAAUCGGGGAAGGUGAGAGGAAUCAUCAUAGGACGCAGUUACUGUCUGGUUUCGCUAUUUCACUCUCUUCCGCUACCGUCGAUCCACCGCGUCCUUCCUCCUUCCUUCACCGCGCGUGUGUGCAUGACGAGCGCUUCUGAGCUAUUCCACAUCAGACGGAAUCGAUUCGGAGCACGAACUACUGCUCUCGAUCUAGCCUUCGAUUCCUCCCCUUCAGCUCCACAUCACCGCUUUCACGACCCCGACGCCGCCGCAGCAGCAGCUUCCCUCCGUCUCCGCCGCCGCCGCCACCACCCGGAGCGUUAUGCAACUGAUAGAAUUCAUGGGGUUGGGAGGCAUCGCCGCUCUGCUAGUGCUAUACAUGAUAGAACCGUUGAUUCUGCAGAAAAUGUCAUGAGAGGCACUGAUAGAUUACCAGAUGGUGUGUUACUUGCACGGGCAAGGCUCCUGCAAAGGUUGAGAGGGGAGCCUCUCUCUAGAACCAGGCAAUAUGGUUCAGAUUCAAUGGAUGAGGAUCAAGAAAGUGAAUUAUCAAGUGAUGUUCCAACAGGGGCCUCUCUGGUGACUGACUUGACUUCUCAAAUGGAAAGGUCCCAGCUCUUGCUAGACCUAAACAACAAGCCACCUGGACUCACUCAGGAGGAUGUGAACUGUUUGCAUCUGGAAGUUUUCAGGAUCAGUGAGACAGGAUUAGAAUCCAGGGUGCAGGAUUGUUCCAUAUGCUUGGAGUCUUUCACGGAUGGAGAUGAGCUGAUACGCUUGCCAUGUGGACAUAAAUUUCACUCUGCUUGUCUGGAUCCUUGGAUUCGCUGUUGUGGAGACUGUCCAUACUGCCGGCGAUGUAUAGUUGUAAAUAGUCACCUUGAAGAAAAUGAGGCUGAGUAGUUUAUAAAUUAUAUUGAUUUUCUUGUAUUCUGUUGUAUAAAAAGAUGCUGUAGGAGAGCUGGCCUUUUUGAAGUUAUGUAGUGUUCCAUCUUGAAUAUAUGCACAUUUUUCUUGCUUUCACCUCCAUAUACCUAAUACAGAUUUUGUUAGCAUAUGCUGUAGUCAGAGUCAGAGGCAAUAUUGGACCUACCUUAUUCCAGAGGAGAGGACGGCAGUGGGUAGAAAAUUUGAAGAAAGGGCAUGUUCCCCAUCUAUGAUAGGAUAUGUGGUUGGUAAUAUAAGGCUUAGAUAAAAUUUUACCUUAUGGUUAUAUUGUAUUAGAAUUUUAGUUUUUAUGUGAUGAUACGUUGUAUGAUUUAUAUUAGUACAUUUCUUUUUAACAUAAACACCUUUAUAAGUAUGUUAUAUUCAUGUAA